CAAAGACAUAAACAUUUGUCUUUGGUUACACAAUGGUAGUGAUGAUCUGUAGCCAUUUCCAACAUUCAUCACUUUCCAUCUUAUCUUCUUCUUCUUCUUCUUUUUCUUCAUCAAGGUUAUAUCUUUCCACUUCUCGUUCUUCUGUUUCUUGCUCUAUAAUGGAUACUCAGAAGAAGCAAGGUCGUAGCAAAUUUUUGGAAUUUCCAUUUGUUUCAGCACCCCACAAGAAUCUCAUGCUUGAUCUUGUUUCAACAGUUGAAGAUCGCUUUGAAUCUCAUCUUCUUCCUUGUUCACUUCCUCCUGAUGUUCAAUACUAUAAGAGCAAGAAUGGUACUUCUCAAGUUUCAUUGCAUAUUAGACCAAGCAACACUGAUUCCCCUAUAGACUUUGUAAUGGGAAGCUGGGUGCAUGCUGAGCUACCAACAGGAGGAUCAUUAGAUAUAACAUCUCUUUCAGCCUAUCUUAACAGUUCAAAUGAUGCACCAAAUUUCGUGUUCGAGCUGAUCCGAAGCAGUCCAACAAUGCUAAUUCUUGUUCUUGAUUUACCACCUCGAAAAGACCUUGUUCUUUGGCCAGAUUACCUUAAAACUUUCUAUGAGGACACUAAACUGGAUACACAUAAACAGGCUUUGGAAAAAAUUCCAGAGGUUCAACCUUAUAUCACUUCUUCGCUUUUCAUCCGCAGCGUUGCAUCUCCAACGGCUAUAUUUGUUCGCAUUCAGACAGAAAAUGAUGAAGGAGAGCGGAUAGACGAGAUCAUCAAGAACCAUAUUGACCCGGUUUCGAAGCAAGUGUUGGGGAUAUGGUUGGAUCAUUGUGCCUGUGCCGAGAGAGAAGUAGGAGAGGAAGAUAAAGCUUAUCUGAUAAAAAGAGAUGGUGUUAUUAGAAACAAGACUAUUGAGGUUGAUCUUGGUUCAAGCUUUCCAAGGUUGUUUGGUCCAGAAGCAGCAAAACAGAUACUGGAAGCUAUCAAGGAGUAUUUUACUGUUUGAGAUGCAAGUUUAUUUGGAAUUGUAAAUGAUAGUUUGUACUUUGAAAGAGUUGUGUGCUUCUGCGACUUCGAAAGAGUUUGUAGUAUGAAUUAGAUAUCUGUGUAAGUAUUUUACUAGCAUUACUAAAGCUUAUUAAUUAAGUGAGUGAUAUUUUAAUUUCAUAUGUUUGUCUGCGAUAA